AUUUACCUGGAGAGAAAUGUUAGCUGUCACGCAAGCUGCUUUCGAUGCCGUUCAGUUAAGUGGUAUAUAUUAGGGUUUAGUUUUCUACGUGGUUUAGUUUAUAGUGUUUACAUAAUCAAGUUUAUCUUAGGGGUGAAAGUAAAUCCAAUAGUCAGCAGGAACGAGCUGACUGCUUUUGACCUGUUGUUUGUCUGUUAAAAAACACUAAGCUUGUGAUAUUCUGGUGUUCCAGCUGCAGCAGGCUGAAAGUGUCAUAUAGUGUUUAUAAUCAACGUGGAUUCAGAGAGUAAAUAAAGUUAAAAACACAAUAUAUUUAGUGCAUUUUGUGUCUCGCCAUUAGCUAUGCUGAGCACUAAGCGUUAGUAAACAUAACUGCUAAUCAGGUUACAUGGCUAUGUGGAUUAGCUAGCUAACAAGAUUGAGUGAUUGAUUGGUUAUCAAUUCAGAUCUAUUUUCAGUCGAGGUUACUUUUUAAGGGUUUAGGAUUAGGAAGUGAAUAUGUGUGGUUAGUUUCCUGGUUAUAGAGUCACAGAGGAACAGCACUCAGAGUUAAAAACACUGAGCUGUUGAACCACAGCCGCCCUGUUCAAGGACUAACUCUCAAAUGCACGGAUUACCCAUGCUGCCAGAAAGCAGAAAACGGCAUCAUAGCUGUGAUGCUGAGGAAGAACAACUUCUGCCUCAAGCUAAGAGGUUUCCGGGUCAUCCUAUCUUUUCUGAGCUAGCCCAGGAUGUUUGGGACUUUGAGUCUUCCAGUAGUGAUAGCAGUUGCUUUAGCAGCCCAGAGAAGCUGACAGGAGCUGGCUUCAACCACGAGUCUGCACGAAUAAAUGGAACGCGUGUCCUCGAGGAUUCCUGUAGCCCUAGCACAUCGGGGCAGUUUGGUGAAGAGGUGGCCUUACAGUGCAAAUCUGAUGACUCUUACCAUAAUAUCAACCGCAUCCUUAGAGAAGCUCACUUCAGCAGUCUGAAAACUCGUGGCCAGCCAGGAACAACCUGAUCAACACUGGUCACCCCAAACAUCCGGCAUUUAACGGCACCACACAGGGAAUCUUUUACAUCGGGUGGCACAAUGUGGAUCCUUCUUCACUUUGGCUCAGCUGCGUCGGUACCCCAUAUUUACAGCACUUAUUCAUUAUCAUUGUCAGGUUUUGUUUUAAAUCUCUAUUUGGGUGCUAUUAAAAAAAAAAAAAAAAUCUCAGACAGCAUGCUAU